CUUUACUUCCAAGGAAAAACUCCAUAAAUCCUAGACACACUAGAAUAGUUUACCCAAAGCCUUCAGAAGUAAAGAAUCCAAAACAGACAAGGAAUUAGAUAUUGAGCCGCAAUCCUAACAGGUUUCCCUGCAAUUUCUCUUCUUGUUUUGUUGCUGCUAUCUAAUACAUUCUAUUAAUUCUUAGGCAUGAGCACUGGAACUAUGAAUUAUAUGGGUGAAGAUGUCAAUGAAGAUUUGGAUCAGGUUUCCCAUAUCUUUUGUUUUGGUGUGAGUUAUGCUGGGAUUUUGAGUAUGCGGUAAUGGCCCAGUAUCACCCGGAGAUUAUGUUCAAGAUUGUAGAUAUGGAUCACGGUUUGAUUAAGAAAUGGGAAGGGGGUGAAGUACUAUUCUAUGAGCCUGAGUUUGAGGAGUUGAUUGGUAAUGUUAGGGGUAAGAACUUGUUCUUUUGUUAAGAAAUGAAUGCAGCCAGUAAUGAGGCUGCUAUUGUCUUUGUUGCUGUGGAUGUACCCGUUGGUCCAGAAUGCCGUUUGGACUGAGUGAUUGGGAUGAUGCUAUUCAAAAGAUAAUAGAAGCGUCCACUACCAGAAAGCUUUCGAUAAUAGUUGAGAAGUCUAUGCCUUUCAAUCUACGUGACUGGAUUGAGGAUAUUAUACGAUACCGAAAUCCACAGGGCUUGAAGUUUUCAGUAUUAUCAAAUCCUGACUUCAUUUCACAAGGGACAGCAGUACGAGAGUUGAAAGACCCGAAGAGGGUGGUUAUUGCGAAAAAUCAUGGCCAUGGAGAGGAUGUGCUUAGGUUACAACAACUUUAUCCUCAAUAUGUUCCUGUAGAAAGGAUUCUAAUUGCUGAUGAUCACAAGACUGUUGAGAUGGGGAAACUUUGGAGUAGUGUAUAUCCUGCCAUGACGCACACAUUUGGGAAUGUGAUGCCUAGCAUUUGUGGUAGCAUAGGUGCUGAUUCAAAUGAUGUGAGAAGAAAUAUUGGAUGUGCAGAUUCUGAAAGCUAUAUGGGUGCUUCUAUUGGCUUUGGAGGACCAGUAAUCCAGGAUAUUUCUUAUUUGAAGUCUGUUCUACACCGUGAUGGAUUGAAGUUGGAGUCAGACAUGCUUAAUCAGAUCAUCAAGUUGAAAGAGGACAAAGAGAAGAGAAGAGGUUUGUAAUGUUGACGUUAAAUAAAAUGAUUUCUGUGACAGGGCAGACAAUUGCUGUGUUUGGUUUCUCAUAUAAAAAGGACACAGACGAUAUAAGAAAUUUGCCCGCAAUUUACGUAUGUAAAGCUCUCUUGGAAGAAGGCUCAAAGGUUAGGAUUUUUUAUCCUAGAGUGAAUGAGAACAAGAUCAGGAAUUGUAUUGAUUCUAAAGUGAAAAAGAACAAAAUCAGGAAUCGUUUUCCAAAAACAGUUGGUUCAAAACUGUGUGUUUGUACCGCAAUGCGCGAAGCAUGGUCAAAGGAAAUGAAAGGCUAUGUAUAGAGAAAUGGGAUGAAUUUCAACAGAUUGAUUUUGAAGCUAUGUAUAGAGAAAUGAAAGGCUGCCCACGAUUCAUGUUUGUGGGUUGCGAAUCAGGGUUAGACUGCAAUCGUAUUUAGACCCUCAGAUUGGAGCUCUAGGUGGAUGGAAGGCAUUUUGUAUGAUAGUUGGCUUUAAAGUAGUACUGUUACUUACAGUUUGUAAAGUUCUGUUCCCUGUUAUUGCAUGUUCUUGUCAAUUAAUUGAAAGUUUAAUGUC